AUGAUGGAUAAUUGUCAACAAUCAAUUCUUAGUGAUUAUAAAUCAAAUAGAAAUUCAACUGAACAAAAUGAAACAAUAUUUACAAUGAUUUCAUCUACUACUACAGACGGUAAAACUUUUGAUUUGUGUGAACAAGAAAAUGUUUUGACCGAUCAAUUAGAAAAAUGUAAAGUAAAAGAUGCGACACAUUUACCUGAAAGAAUUAAACGAACAUAUCAACGAAUUGAUAGUUAUAUAUGUGAAGAUAGAAUAGAAGAAGCUGAACAAGAAAGAAAAUAUUUAGAUGAAUUAGAGCAAACGCAAAUACUUCAUGAACAAGUAGUUUUUCAGAAAUCAAGUAGAUAUCAGAAAAAUACUCUAGUAGAAAAUAAUCGAUCUGAUCUAAAGAAUUUACGUGAUGAUUUGAUUGAUAUGCCUUGCUGUGCUGAGAAAAUGACCAUGGAACUGUUGGUCUAUUUUCAUCAGAGAUUAGUUGAUGAUUUUAUAUUUUUAGAAACAUCUGAUUCAGUAAUUCAGAAAUUAGGAGAGUUAAAAACUCAAAUACAAAAUGAAGAACUAUUUUCCGAAGAAAUUCGAACGUAUUUUGAUGAUUUAAAUAGAAAUAUUUAUAACGAAGAUUGUUCAUCUGCAGUUAAUAUGUUAAAUAAUAUCUUAAGAAAAAUUCGACCUUUACAUUUACAAGAAAUACAAAGAUUGAUAGAAAAAAUGGAAAAAACAGCUGAACUUAUUUGUAAUAAAGAUAUUGUUUUAUUAAUUGGUGUCACUGGAUGUGGAAAAUCAACAACAGUUCAGUUUCUUGCCGGCGCUAAAAUGAAAGAAACUAAAGUAGCAAUAGUUCCUGGAAAAUUUUUAGAUCAUAUAGAAAUGUGUGAACCUAUAAAAAAUCCUGAAUUAAUUCAUAUCACAACUAGUCCAUAUUGUAGAUCAGAAACACGUUAUGUUAUACCUGUUACAGUUUCAUUACAGGAUAUUUUUGGUCUUGAUGACACCGGUGAGAUUAUUUUCUGCGAUACACCAGGUUUUGAUGAUACAUCAGGUCCAGAAGUUGAUAUUGCAAAUUCUGCUGGAGUUCUCGAAGUUCUUAAAAAUUGUAAAAGCGUAAAGAUACUUGCUUUAUUAAGUUAUAAAAGUUCAGGAGAUAAAGGACAAGGGAUACAAAAAUUAACACAAAUAUUAGUUAAAAUGAUAGACCAUAUUGAAGAUCGGCUUAGAUCUAUAAUGUAUGCUUUUACAAAUUAUAAACCAACAACAGAUAUUCAUGCUAUAUUACACGAUCUGAAAGAUUCCAAAGUAAAUAACGAUCUUGUUCUACGAUCAGAUAAAUCUUUUGUAGCUCUAUUGACAGAUAUGAUUAAUAAAACUGAAUAUGGCGCGGAGAUCAUUAAUCCUAUAGAUGGAGAUCCAAAAAAUUUAAUUGAAAAAGUCCGAUCUUUAAAUGGCAUUGAAAAUCCUGCAGAAGUUUUUCAAUUUUCAUGUAGUGAAAGUACACAAUCUACUAUUUCGAAUCAGAUAUACCGAUAUAAAACAAAUAUUACUUAUGCACUUAAACAUAAAAAUCUCGAUCUUUUAUUAUAUAAUUUACGUAAUUUUAACAUAUUAAAAAAUUUGUUAAAACAAAAUUUUAUUGAAGAUUCUUAUAAUGAUUCUAUAAGAUCUGUUAAUGAGAAGAUUAAUGAAUAUUCUGAAGAGAUAAUCAAAGAUUUUAAUCGCUGUUUAAUUAGUCAUGAUGGAUUUAAAGAAGAAGAUAUUCUAAAAUAUAAAUAUUUUCAUAAUUAUAUUCAACAAAUACAAAAAUUAAAAGAUUAUUUAGGAUCAAAUUUAAUCUCCGAUAAUAUUUUUAUUGAAAAUAUCAUUUCUCAAUUAGAAAAGAAUAAUUUUAUUCGUACAGAACAAGAUUUAUAUAAUCCUUUCAUACGAAUAUAUUUAAAUAAUAUUCAAAUGUUACAAAAUUCGUUUAAAGAACUUCAAUCGUAUUAUACGAAGAUAUGUGAAAAACUCGAUGAAUGUUUUUUAAAAUUUCUAGAACCUAUUUCAGAAAUUAUUUUAAAUAAUAAAUUUGAAGAAAUAGCAAAAAUUAUUGAUAUGAUUUCGAAAUAUUCUUCUAUUUUCAAUGAUCAUUUAAAUGGAAAAGUUGAAGAAAAAUAUAAAAAUAUAAUAGAAUAUCUUUUCGAACAUUUAAAUAGUUUUUCGAUUAAAAUAGAUCCAUUUCUCUCAAAAAUCCGAUUAGAAGAUUCUGAUAUUAAAAUUAUUGAAAAUUAUAUUAAUAUUUUAAGAUCAGCAAAAGAAACAUCAAUACUUGAAGAUCAAAUUUUAAAAUAUGUUGAAAAAAUGAAAAAUCAAAAUAAAAUUUCAAAUAAUUUAAAUAAAAUUUAUGAUGAUUUUAUUUCGAAAAUUCUUAAACAUUUUAAUGAAAUUCAUCGAAGAAUUGAAGAACUUUUUCGAAAAAAUGGAGAUUAUGCUUUAGAGUAUAUCGAAGAAUUAUUUAUUCAACUGAAUUUAAUUCAUGAAUUACCUGAAAUUAAAAUAGUAACAGCUCGAAUAUAUUAUCAUAGUAUAGAAAAUAUUCGUGGUUAUAUGCAAAAAAGACAAAAAGAUACUGAACAGUUACUUUUAACAUUUGAUCAUCAAUCAGGAAUAAUGAUCUGUCGACAUCUUGCACGAUCAUUAGCUCGUUUAACAUCUCUUAAAUGGUUCGAUAGAUUUUCACCUGGAACAUAUCAAUUAAUGAUGUGUAAUAUUAACAAAGAAUUAGAAGAACAUGUUAAACAAUUAGAAAAUCGUCUUAAAAAAAUAAAUUUUACUUUAAAAUGUCCCGAAAAUAUUCAUUUAGCACAUGAUUUAAUUGAUAAAAUUGAAUUGAUGAGUAUUUUAGAAUCCUAUAUUCCACAAAUAAAAUCUUUUCGAGAUCAAAUCAAUGAAUAUUUUAUUAAAAUUAUUCAAAAUGCUUUUGAUAAUAUUAAAAAAACUUUUAAUUUAUCUGAGAAAACAAUUAAACAUCUUAAAGAAAAAUUAAAUCAAUUAGAAGAAAUAAAAAAUCAAUGUGAUUAUUUAAAUCCAGCUUUAGAUUAUUUAAAAAAAUCAGGUUAUCAAGAUUUUAAGAUAUUAAAUGAUCAAAUUGAAAAUUUAAAAAUUAAACAAUCUCAAGACCUCGAACCAUUCGAAGCGAAAAAAAGUCAAAUAGAAAUUCAGUUAGAUGAUAUAAAUUCAAUUAUGCAAAAUUAUUCUAUGUUAAUUUCUUCGAAAAAAAGUGAGGGAGUUCUUAUUCGAAUGAUAAGUAAAGUAGCUAUUACAUUUGAAAAACCUGAUCGUAAUCCAGAUAGUUAUUUAAAAGAAAAAGGAUAUUCAAAUAUUGAAGCUGUUAAAGAAACUUUUGAAAAUCUUCAAAUAAUUUAUUUCGAUAUUUUACAAUCAAUCGAUAAUAAAAAAAAUAAAUUUAAGAAUUCUUUAGAUCCACUUAUAUCAAUCAAAGAAAAAUAUAUUUUAUUAUCGUCUUCAUCGGAAAUGAUUUCUUCUAAACAAAACGUAUUUUUAGAAGAAAAAGAAUAUACAAGUUAUGAAUCACUUGAGCAAGAUAUUCUACGGAAAAAGAUAAUUAUUGAGGAAUAUGAAAAGAAUAAUGCAAUAUAUUAUUUCAGUGAUAAAUUAGAUGCAUCAGUAGCUAAUAAUGCGUUAAUAUAUGUUAGUAAUUGCGAAAAACUAGAAAAUUUUCAAUUAAAUAAAAUGGUAGAUGAUAUGAAUUUAUUGUUACAGAAAUAUAUUAAAGAAUAUGGAAAUUUUCUUUAUAAAGAAAUCGAUAGAAAUUUUAAACAUAUAACUAAUGUUAAUGAAACUGAUAUUCGUCAAUACUCAAAAGAUUUUGAUAAUUAUUUUCAAGAAUUAAAUUCUUUAAAUAAAUAUGUUAAUCUUUUUCAAUGUAUAUCCGGUGAUGAAAAACUUGAAAAUUAUUAUCGACAAUUUUUAAAUUAUCAUCGAUUCUUAGAUAAUCAAAUGGAAUAUUUUUCCAUGUCGAGUAAAUAUAAAGAAUUAAAGCAUCUGUUAGUUAUAGCACAAUCUUUAACUUGUUUAGAUCGUUUCUCUUCAUUGAGUUUAUCUGAUUCUGGUUUUCGAGGUUUAUAUAAACAAUAUCAUCUUGAAAUAUUUCGAAUAUCUCAAGAUGCUCAUAAAUUAAUUAUAGAUUAUAUAUCAAGAGGAGAUUAUGCAUAUGUUGAUUUAGCAUUAGCCGAUAUUGAUGAAAAUCUUUCAAAUUCAAAAUAUUUAAAUCAAAUAAAACAUGAUUUAGAAUGUUCAUUAAAUAAAUUAAUGAAACAUACUAAAUCAAUGGCAUAUUGGAUUGAAGGAAAUAUUUCAAAAGAAAAAAAUAAUAUUCGAUUAAUAAAUGAUAAUAUUGAAAAUAUUUCAAUUAUUUUAACUAAAAAUCGUAUUAUGAAUUUAAUUGAUGAAAAAACUCGAGAUAAUCUUAGAAAAUUUCCAAAUGAAAUUCAUCAAAUAUUAACUAAAAUUUUUAUACAUGAAGUUCAUUCGAUUGAUUUAUUUAUUCAUGUUAAUUAUUAUCUUGAAGCUGAACAAUCUAUUGAAAAUCUUACUCAUGCUCUACGUGAAUUAUCAGAUAAUUAUAAAUCAAACGUUGUCUAUGAGAAAAAGGAACAAUUACAAAAACGAUUAAAUCAUCUUCUUGAUGAUAUUUUACAACGUUAUGAUUUUUCAGAUGUGGAAAAAUAUUAUGUUCAUCCACCGAAAGAUAUUUUCGAACAAUUAAAACGAGUUCUUUUAUCUGGUAAUCCGAAAUAUGUUGAUAUUUAUAAAUCUUUAUUAGAAAAAAUUAGAGUUUAUUUUAGUUUGAAUUUAGAUAAACUUGGAAAUGAUUCCUCUAAAGAUCAUGUACAAAAAAUACUAUUACUUAAAAAUGCUUUUUGUUUUCUACCCGAAGAAUUGAAAAUUUUAUUUCAAUUUCAUAUUGAUCAAUUGAAAUAG